UCAUAUAGUGGAGGUAGGACGAAAAUGAAAAGAGAAGUCAACGAGAAGGCUAACAUCAAUAUUAGCCCAACAUUUGUAUUCAUAUAUUUAAACUUUUAUUACAUUUUAUUUUAUGUGCAGUACAAUGUUCUGUACUACUAAUUCUUUCAGUACCAGAAUUAAUGACUGUAAAGUGUCGAAACUUUGCUGAUUUUCAUUUCUGGUCUAGUAUCUUUUCUUCCCGUGUCUAUAAAUCCUCAAUCAUUCCUCAUUUCUUCUCCAUUCUCUGCAAUUUUUCUUGUUUAUUCAAGAUUAUAAAUUUGUUCUUUUUUAUAAAAAUUCUAAAACACCCAUUUGAUGAUUUGGGGUUUUUGUUAGAUUAUCAGGAGUUUUUAUGCAAAUUGAUUGCAUAUUAGAGAUACCCAUUUGCGUGUAAUUGUUCAUGUUGGGAAGAAUUUCAUGAUAUUGGAGGAGCAAUAGCUGGGAAUUUUGUCUUUGCAAACGUCACAUAAUCUGAAUUAUUUUAACUUUUUUGGAAACUAUUGAAGUGAGGAAAUGGGAAGUAAUGGUGAAAUGAGGGAAAUGGAAAGAGAAGAUUUUGAAGAGCAAAACAAGGUGCAGGAAGAAAUAAAGAGAGUGCCACCGUGGCAAAAACAAAUUACAAUAAGAGGAAUAAUUGCCAGUAUAUUAAUUGGGAUUAUUUACAGUGUGAUAGUGAUGAAGCUAAAUCUUACAACUGGUCUUGUUCCUAAUCUUAACGUCUCAGCUGCUCUUGUUGCUUAUGUUGUACUUCGGAGUUGGACUAGCUUGCUUCAGAAAUUUGGGAUUGUAACCACACCUUUUACUAGACAAGAGAAUACUGUUGUUCAAACUUGUGCUGUUGCUUGCUACAGUAUUGCUGUUGGAGGUGGUUUUGGAUCAUAUCUAUUGGGUCUGAAUAAGAGGACAUAUGAACAAGCUGGGGUCGAUUCGGUGGGAAAUGACCCGAAUAGCUACAAGGAGCCUAGAGUUGGUUGGAUGACUGGAUUUCUCUUUGUUAGCAGUUUUGUUGGGCUGCUGGCUUUGGUUCCUCUAAGAAAGAUCAUGAUAAUAGACUACAAGCUAAGUUAUCCUAGUGGAACUGCAACAGCAGUUCUUAUAAAUGGUUUCCACACCCCCAAAGGUGACAAGAUAGCCAAGAAGCAAGUUCGUGGCUUUGUGAAAUAUUUCUCCAUCAGUUUCCUAUGGGGUUUCUUCCAGUGGUUUUAUACUGGUGGAGACCAGUGUGGCUUUUCUCAGUUUCCAACAUUUGGGUUAAAAGCAUGGCAAAACUCGUUUUACUUUGAUUUUAGCAUGACCUAUAUUGGAGCCGGAAUGAUUUGCUCUCACCUAGUAAACCUGUCAUUACUUUUUGGUGCUGUUCUAUCGUGGGGAGUAAUGUGGCCACUUAUCGGGGACCUGAAAGGAAAUUGGUUCCCUUCGUCUUUGCCAGAAAGCAGCAUGAAGAGUCUGAAUGGAUACAAGGUUUUCAUUUCUAUAGCCUUAAUCCUAGGUGACGGGCUCUACAACUUUCUCAAGAUACUAUUCUUCACCAUUCGGAGCAUCCAUUAUCGCAUGAAGGAAAAUAACCUAAGCUCAAGUCCAGAUGGCCAAAAGCGGGAAACAGAUGAUCUUCAAAGAAAUGAGUUCUUCAUGAGAGAGAGAAUACCCAUUUGGCUUGCAUGUGUUGGCUACAUAUUCUUCUCCGUAAUCUCUAUCAUUAUCAUACCUAAAAUGUUCCCUGAGUUGAAAUGGUAUUAUGUUGUUGCGGCCUACAUAUUAGCACCUUCUCUCAGUUUUUGCAAUGCAUAUGGCGCUGGUUUAACUGAUAUGAACAUGGCCUACAAUUAUGGAAAAGUAGCACUUUUCGUACUUUCUGCUUUAGCAGGUAAAGAUUCUGGUGUGGUGGCAGGGCUCGUAGGCUGUGGUCUUAUCAAGUCCAUUGUCUCAAUCUCCUCUGAUCUGAUGCAUGACUUCAAGACCGGCCACCUUACCCUCACUUCUCCUCGAUCAAUGCUUCUUAGCCAGGCUAUUGGGACUGCAAUCGGGUGUGUUGUGGCCCCACUCACAUUCUUCCUCUUCUAUAAUGCAUUUGAUGUUGGUAACCCUGAUGGAGAGUACAAAGCUCCCUAUGCCCUCAUCUACCGGAACAUGGCCAUCCUCGGAGUGCAGGGCUUUUCAGCUUUACCUCAACACUGCCUGCAACUAUGCUAUGCAUUUUUCGGAUUUGCUGUUGUGGCCAACUUGGUGAGGGAUGUCUCCCCUAAAAAGAUCGGGAAGUGGGUUCCACUUCCGAUGGCAAUGGCCGUGCCUUUUCUUGUAGGGGCCUAUUUUGCCAUCGACAUGUGUGUUGGGAGCUUGGUGGUGUUUGUGUGGCAUAAGUUAAACAGUCAGAGAGCAAAUUUGAUGAUUCCUGCAGUCGCUUCAGGACUGAUAUGUGGAGAUGGGCUGUGGAUUCUUCCAUCAUCGAUACUUGCCUUGUUGAAGUUCAAUCCUCCCAUCUGUAUGACAUUUCAAUCUUCUUAGACUCCAAUUUGUUGAUGAUAGCUAAUAAAAUCGAUAGAAUGGCUAGCUUAUAGAGGUUAUUGAAAUAUUAUGGUGAGAUAUGGAGGUAGCUUUUGGAAAAUUUUGCACUGAAGAGAAUUAACAGUAGUAACACAAAGGCUGAGUUAGUAUAUAUGAUACUUCAACAGUUAAACUUACAUUAAAGUCAAACAAAUAUACUUAUUACAUACAACAGCAUUGUGGUAAUAUUGUUUGAACCUUAGUUUGGGCUAGGUGGUGUAUUUAUACAAAUGUAUGGAGCAAUUGGUAAUGUAAUAGUAAUAUCAUAGUUUAGCUUCUUAGCCCUUCCA